AGAAGAAGAAAGCUUCAGAGAACAGCGACGAACAGAUCGGCAAAUAAUACUGUAGUUUUGCGUGUAAUUUCUAGCAAUAAACAUGCUUGGAAUCGAAAAUUUCCCCGAGUACGAGGUGCCUGGAGCACGGAAAGUGCAGUUUUAUCCCUACGAAUCGAACGGCGGGAGUGUUGUCGCUAUUGCCGGGGAAGAUUUCGCAGUGAUCGGUGCGGACACACGUCUAAGCUCCGGGUACUCCAUUCAUACACGCACGCAAAACAAACUGUUUCGUCUUUCGGACCAGACGGUACUGGCAUCGACCGGAUGCUGGUGCGAUACGCUCGCCCUGACCAGUCUGGUGAAGGUGCGGAUGCAAAUGUACAAGGAUCAGCAUCAAAAGAACAUGUCAACUCCGGCCGUUGCUCAGAUGCUGUCCAUCUUGAUGUACAACCGUCGGUUCUUCCCGUACUACGUUUCGAACGUUUUGGCCGGUUUGGACCAGAACGGUAAGGGUGUCGUGUACAGCUACGAUCCAAUCGGACACUGUGAGAUGACAACGUAUCGUGCUGGAGGAUCGGCCGGACCAUUGUUGCAACCGGUGUUGGAUAAUCAAAUUGGCCAGAAGAAUAUGCUCAACGUAGAUCCGGAACCGGUUAAAAUGGAGAAAGCCGUCUCGAUUAUUAAGGAUACAUUCAUCUCGGCUACGGAGCGCGAUAUCUAUACGGGAGAUUCUGUUAUCAUCAACAUAAUUACUAAGGAUGGCAUCAAGGAAGAGACGCUGCAUCUCCGAAAGGAUUAGGCGGGUGAAACUCGAUGGUAAAAAAUGGGA